CAUCCCCCCACCUCUCAUUAAAAAACACAAAAAUGGCUUCACCACGUGGCUCCUUCUGUUGCGCUCUCCGUUGCAUCUUCCGGCCACUUCUCCCUCGAAAUCGCCGUCAGCAAAACGUCGAAGUGCACGACCCACUGCCGUCCCCUUUCUCUUUCAGUUUGACUGUCUGAUCCUCCCUUCGCUGACCGGCCCCUCUUUUCAUCAGUUGAGCCGGCCGCUGUCACCGUCGCUGCCGCCACGACCGCCAGUCCCGCUCUGCCCCGCCCGCCACCUCAUCUCACUCCCCCUCGCGUUGUUCUCAAGCGGCCACCGUGUCGGGCCUCAUGAUCCGGCGGGGAGGGGAGGUCGCCUCGCUCUUCCCGUCCCUCGCUCUUUAUCUGCAAUCGAUUUCAGAGUCCCCGGAUUGCUGCGCUGAGCGAAGCAUGUUGUGUCAUUCGUAUGGAAUCCUAGAUUGGUGAACUCGAUCAUAAGCUUUCUGGUUUCUCCUUGGAAGGAUUUCUUUCUUCUUCCUUACAGAAAGUUUGUCUGGCACACUGUCGUAUAGUUUCCGAUUACUAGUUCGAUGCUUUCCAGCGUAAUUGAGAAUAUGGGCCUACUCUGCAGCAGACAAAGACCUCACUCUGAAGCUGAUGCUGAAGAAAGUGCUCAGGCUGCAGAAAUAGAACGCCAGAUUGCUUUGGAAACAAAAGCCGAGAAGCAUAUUCAGAAGCUGCUGCUACUAGGUGCUGCUGAGUCGGGAAAGUCUACUAUCUUCAAGCAGAUCAAAUUUUUGUUUCAAUCAGGAUUUGAUGAGGCAGAGCUUAGGAGCUAUACACCAGUUAUCCAUGCAAAUAUAUAUCAGACAAUUAAAAUAUUGUAUGAUGGCUCAAAGGAGUUUGCUCAGAAUGAUGAGGACUCUUCAAAGUACGUUUUGUCUCUUGAAAAUAAGGAGAUUGGAGACAAACUGUCUGAAAUGGGGAGCAGACUAGAUUAUCCUCCCUUGACGAAGGAGCUCGCCAAAGAGAUAGAGACUUUAUGGAAAGAUCCUGCAAUUCAGGAAACUUAUGUCCGAGCAAAUGAACUUCAAGUUCCAGAUUGUACACUGUAUUUUAUGGAAAAUUUGCAGAGAUUAUCUGAUGCUGACUAUGUACCAACAAAGGAGGAUGUUCUUUAUGCUAGAGUUCGUACUACAGGUGUUGUAGAAAUACAGUUCAGUCCUGUGGGUGAGAACAAAAAGAGUGGGCAAGUCUAUAGGCUCUUUGAUGUUGGUGGGCAGAGAAAUGAGAGAAGGAAGUGGAUUCAUCUGUUCGAAGGCGUUACUGCUGUAAUCUUUUGUGCUGCAAUUAGCGAGUAUGAUCAGGUGCUUUUUGAGGAUGAAAGCAAGAACCGCAUCAUGGAAACUAAGGGGCUUUUUGAUUGGGUUCUGAAGCAGCAAUGUUUUGAGAAAACAUGCUUCUUAUUGUUCCUAAACAAGUUCGAUCUAUUUGAGAAGAAAGUUUUGAAGGUUCCUCUUAGUGUCUGUGAGUGGUUCAAAGAUUAUCAACCCAUUUCAUCAGGAAAGCAAGAGGUCGAGCAUGCUUAUGAGUUUGUGAAGAAGAAAUUUGAAGAGUUAUACUUCCAGAGCAGCACUCCAAACCAUGUUGACCGAAUUUUUAAGAUAUACAGGACAACAGCACUGGAUCAGAAACUUGUUAAGAAAACUUUCAAAUUGGUGGAUGAGACUUUGAGGAGGAGAAGCUUAAUUGAGGCAGGUUUACUGUGACGGGGGAGCAUCCACAGGUGAAACCGAUUGCAGAUUUCAUCGAGUUGGCAGCAGAAGCACACUGAAGUAUUUCUGCUGUGGUGGUGCAUUUGUGUGUUUUGGCAUGCAUAUGUCUGUUUCCCCCACUUUCUCUUCCUCCUGAAAUUUUGGUAUGAGGGGCAACCGAUUUCUGGUCUUGUUUCUUUUGCCUAUUUCUUCUGUUCUGUCAAGUUGCCACCAGAAGCAGUUUCUGCUAUCGUAAUGCAUUUGUUUGUUUGCUUGUUUUGUAACGUGCUUGUUGCACAACUUUUUUACUUCAAAAUUUGUUAUUGGAAGCAACUGCCCUGUGGUCUUUCUGUUGCC